UUCGGACCUCCCAUGAGUUUUGGUUGCUACUAUUCCUAUGUUUGUUUAAGUACCUCUCUUCUUCACUCCUACGUGUCAAUCUCACACUCCUCGGGAUCCACAACUCAUCUCAGCCGUUGGAUCACUCCAUCGAACUUGCCUCUCUCGGCUACACGUGCCUCCACUAUUCUAGCUUUUCACUUCUACUAGUUCUACUAGUAUUUGCAUGAAAUUCUCCUGCUCAACAUAACAACAUAACUUAACUUAGCCAGAGAGAGAGAGAUGGUCUGAGAGAGAGAGGGAGAGAGAUGGUUUCUGUUUUGAUUGUUUAUCUUGAUACCCCUUCAUGAUGGCUACCAAUAAGCUGACUAACUAAUUGAUACAAAGUGUUUGAUAUUUUUUGCAUUUAUUAGAGAGGGUGAAAUAAAAUCACAUAAUUGAUGUGGGAUUCAAAAAGUCUCAUGUUUUGUGUGUGUGAUCUUGUACUUCCCAAAACUGUCACAUGUUACUUCUUUAAUCUUGAGUGAUCUUGUCCAAUCAGAUUUCACUUGGCCUUUUUCAAGAUUUCACCUUUUUUCUUGAUUUGGGUCUUUUUUUAUAUAGAGUUGAUCACCAAAUGAAUGUGGCAUUUUUGCAUGAUUUGAGGGUGGGAAUGGUGGAUUGAUCUUGUUUUAUCACUUGGGUCAUUCUUGUUUUCUGUUGGAAAGUUGGGAUUUUUGAUUGGGCUUGAUGGAGAAAGAUCAAGAAUUGAGAUUUGUGUGCAAGUGGUGUGACAAGAAGUACCCAUGUGGGAAGUCACUUGGGGGUCACAUGAGGUCUCAUGUUAUUGCUGCUGCAAAUUCAGCUGAAUCAGAUGAAAAGUUGUCUGCUUUAAUGGCUGAAACAGGCUUGAUCAAGUGUGAGGCACCGUCGGUUGCCGCGGUGGCUGGAGCAGGUGGUGGUGGGAUUAAUGGGGACUUUGGUGGACCUUCUGGUGGUUAUGGAUUAAGAGAGAACCCAAAAAAGACUUGGAGGGCUGUUGGUUCAACUUUCCCAAUACAGCAACAGGAGAGGAUAUGUAAGCAAUGUGGUAAAGGGUUUCAAUCACUUAAAGCAUUGUGUGGUCAUAUGGCUUGUCAUUCUGAGAAAGAGAGGGUUUUGAAAGAUGAUCAUUCUUGGACUAGUGAGGAUCCUAAGUUAGUGAUGGAUGGUCAUUCUGAUACUGAGGAAGCUGAGGAUCUGAGGCGGCAGACAAGAUCGAAAAGCAAAAGGUACAAGAGGAUUGUUGUUAAGUCUUCUCAUUUCAAUUUGGUCAAUAAUAAUAGUAUCAACUAUGGUUCUUCAUCUGUUUCUGAGGUUUAUGAGCAAGAACAGGAAGAGGUUGCUAUAUGUUUGAUGAUGUUGUCUAGGGAUUCUGGGAAUUGGGGUGGGGUUAAUUCUGUUGUCGAAUCGUCGGAUAAUAAUUCAGUUAUUUUAGAGACUAAGUCUUCAUCUAUUGACAUGAAACUUGGUAGAAAGGGUGGUUUGAGUUUAGGACAUGAGGCAUUAGAAAUGAAGAAAUUGGGAGGAGCUAGGAAGUUAAAGUUGAGUGCUUUGGAUGCUGAGAGUGUUCAACUGGAGAAUUCUCAUUCUGGGUAUUUCAAAAAUGGUGUUAAAAUGGUUGAUUCAGAUAUUUCCGUUGAUGAGUUGUUCCGAUAUGGUGAAUACAGGAAGUCCCUUAAGGGCCACGAGGGAGUUGAGAUUUCGAAUGCUGAUAUGGACAUGGGUUUUAACAGAGGAAAGAAUUAUGAAACUGGACUAAGCAAGAGUUUUGGUAAAGAAAAAGGAUUUAGUGAAUUUGGGUCAAGUUCGAAGUCAUUGAAGUAUGAUCUCAAGAGGACUAGAGAUGCUCCUGAAAGUCCUGAGCUUCGUAAGGAAUCACUAAGAAGAUUGAUUUAUGAAGAUUCUUCAGAUGGAGAAUUGAGCAAGAAUGUUUAUAAGAGAAGCAAGUACGAAUGUUUGAACUGUAACAAGACUUUCAAUUCUCACCAGGCACUAGGGGGACAUAGACCCUGCCACAAAAAGCCCACUGCAAAAUUUGGUUCGAGGUAUGCAAGUGGUGAGAACAAUUUAGAUGAUGAUGAUAAUCCUCCUGAUAUGACACCCACAAGAAAGUAUGAGAGUGUCAGUAACAAGAAACAAUAUGCUAGCAAUGCUGCAAAGAAAAUUAGGACGAAGAAAAACAAAGGGCAUGAAUGUCCAAUCUGCUUUAGGAUGUUCAAGUCUGGUCAAGCUUUAGGAGGUCACAAGAGGUCUCAUUUUAUUAAUGGUGCUGAAGACUUCAGCAAUCAAGUUCCACUUUUCAAACAAGAUGCUGCUGAAAUUCAUGAUAUGAUUGAUCUUAAUCUCCCUGCUCCUGAAGAAGAUGAGGCGGAUGAGAACGAAAAGUUCAUCUACUAAUAUCAAAGCAGAAACAAGCACAAGUUCCUGGUUCAUUUAUCUUUGAAAUUUAAACUACUGUUUUGUUCAUGGUUCUUAUAAGAUGGUAGAGUAUACAGAGCAAUGUGCUGAAAACCUUUCGAAUUAUGCUCUAUCAUAGAUUUUGCUUGGAAAUUUUAGGAUGUUAGAGAAUCGACAUUCAGCAAUUCCGCUGCUGCCUAUAGACCUUGAUUUUUUUUUUGUUUGUCCCUCUUUUGCAUGUUCCAAGAAUGUGCUUCCAAUUUUAAAAAAUUUCAGUUCAGUUCUCUUUGAUAUUAUCAUAUUAGAAGUUUCAUAUGAUCAUUGGAAAAUAUACCUUGUUAAGUUUUUUUGUGUGAUUA